UCGCAGCUACAAACAUGAACGAGACGUCGUCCAGGUCGCACGCCGUCUUCACCAUCGUCUUCACCCAAAAACGACGAGACCAGAUGACCAGCCUGGACACAGAGAAGGUCAGUAAGAUCAGUCUGGUGGAUCUGGCAGGAAGCGAGCGAGCCGACUCCUCGGGGGCGAAGGGCACCCGGCUCAAGGAAGGAGCAAACAUCAACAAAUCUCUGACCACGCUGGGCAAAGUGAUAUCGGCUCUGGCUGAGAUGCAAAGCAACAAGAAGAGGAAAAGUGAUUUUAUUCCCUACAGAGACUCUGUUCUCACCUGGCUGCUGAAGGAGAAUCUGG